AUGUCUGCACCCGACCACAAGUACUAUCCCAUCACCGGUGUUCCGGUCGGAGAUCUUGACCUUCCAAGCAUCGGAUUCGAUACCCCGGUUCCCAUCCGUCAGAAUAUCGACACAUGGAGCAAAGACCCUGAUAAUCUGAAGCAAGUUCAGUUGUUUGUGUUGGGUCUAGAUCGCUACCAGAAGAUCGACCCCUCGGAUCGGGAUUCAUACUUCCAGGCUGCAGGAAUUCAUGGACAACCUAAUGUACUAUGGGAUGAGCCCAUUGACCCAAAGGAGGCAGAGGGCAAGGGAUACUGUACUCACAACAACAUCCUGUUUCCAAUCUGGCAUCGUGCUUAUUUGGCUCUCUACGAGCAACGUAUCUAUGAGUGCAUGCUUGAAAUUAUCCCCAAUUUCCCCGAGGAGGAUCGCGAAGAUUGGACUGAACUUGCUCAACAAUGGCGUCUCCCUUUCUGGGACUUCGGUGCUCAGUUCACGGUUCCCGAGCUGUGCAAGUAUCCCACCAUUGCUGUUCCAACCUUCGACGGCAAGGAUACUACGUACAAUAUUCCCAACCCGCUCUUCCAGUUCCGCAUGCCAAACCACAAGCCUAUGGGCUGCGCCGGUGUGGUGGACUUUGUGACCGAGUGGGAUCACGAUGCCAAGCAGAAGCUUUAUUUCAGCGAAUGUAUUGCAACCAGUCGCCAGCCUGAAGAGGGCGAUAAUGCCUCAGGUACAGCGACAUGGAAAUAUGGUGUGGUCAACAACUCAAAGGUGCGAGACGCUUUGACGGCCCCUAAGUGGGACGGAGGAGGAGAGUAUGGCCAUGCUUCUGAGAUGGUUCACCGUCUACUCAAUGUUGAAAUGGACUACCUCACCUUUGCUACAACUGGCCUGCAAGAGGGUGACCACCCCGUCGAAAAGGAUCUUAAUCUGGAGUAUAUUCAUAAUAACAUUCACGGUUGGGUUGGAGGUGAACACAUGGGUCAUAUGUCUCAGAUCCCCAUGGCGGCUUUCGAUCCCUCGUUCUGGCUCCUCCAUUGUAACGCUGAUCGUCUCUUUGCCUUGUGGCAAGCCAAAAACCCGGACAAGUGGUUCACCUCCUCCAAGGUCAAUGAAUUCCUACAAGAUGCUAUCGGUCUACCUGAGGGUUCCGAAAUUACUCCCGAGACUGGUCUGCGACCGUUUCACAAGGAUGUUGGGGGAACUCUCAUGGUUUCUUCCGACGUUCGUUAUCCUUUUAAGACUGGUCACACAUAUCCGGAGUUGCAGACGUGGAAGUACGAGCAGCCAGGCUACGACAACAAGAAAUUCCAAGCAGAUCUCCAGACGACCAUCAAUGAUCUAUAUGGAGUCUCAAGAAAAACCUUGCUUGAUGCUGGCUCUAGCUUGGCAGGUGUCGAGGUCCUGCAGGACAGCUGUAAAGCACUUGACUUCUCUUUCAGUGUUCGCUUCCGCAAGUACGCUUUUGGUGGUGAUCCUUUCUGGGUUCGAAUCUACUUGUCUCAGGAUGGAACUAAACAGACCCCCUCUACUGACCUGCUAACUGAAGUUUACAACUUCAGUCAGAGACCACAAGACGCGGCAGGAAAGCUUGCAUGUGCCAACUGCAAGGGUAACGAUAAGAAUGGCCUGAAGGUGAACGCCAAUAUCUCCAUCACGCCGGUGCUUCUCAGCCUAGCCAAGACUGGCAGGGACUUGCUCAGUCUUAAGAAGCCCGAUGUUCUCAAGUUCCUCCAAGAAAGAGUUUACUGGAGAGUGACUCGAGGAGGCGAGGAAGUACCUUCGUAUGAACUUGACCCUCUUGAUCUCGAGAUCAUCGGAGCCACCAACGACACGACCGUUUUCCAAGAUGCGAGCAAGCCUCCUCUCUUGGAAAACUUUGCGAAGGAACCCACGAUCUCCGGAGGAAAGGACGGUGCUCUUAGCCCACACCUGAAGCAGCCCAUCGCUGUGCCCCCUCCUGCCGUCCCUAAGAUCCCUAAGGCUUCUCUCAAGGUCAACACUAACAGGACAUUCAAGGAGUCUGUCAAGGCCGAUGCUGUCGUCUUGAUUGACUCAACUAGCUUGAACUUGACUCCUGCGAAGACCAAGGGCAUUGACAACACCCAGUUUUACUUCACCGACGGCAAGAAGGGUGAAGGAAACAUCCUGUUCCUGCUUUCCAUCCGCCGUGCUGAGAACGCCAUCGUCUUCAACUCUAGGAUUGACGGCAACUGGGGUAAGGAAGCUCGUGUCAGUCUCGAAGGCCGAUUCCGGACUGAUAAGCCAUCUAUCCUUGUCCACGAUCAGGGCGAUGGUUACGAAGUGUUCAUCGAUUGGAAGCACGUAUUCUGGUUCGAAAAGCGAGCCAAGGACAAGGUCGCAGAAUCGAUUGCGUACACUGUCAACAAUGGCCAGAAGUCUGUUUGGUCGGCUGGUCUGAACGUCAAGGUCUAUUCUUCGAUGGCGUCUCUCUUCAAUCACUAG